GCCGGGGCUGCGGCUGUUGACGCCCGAGCGCUGUCACGUGAAGGACUCGCUUUCCCAGAAUGCCCCUGGGCGCAUGCGCAGAGCACGUCGCCUGACAGUGGUAAACAGACGUCAGAAGGGAGUCUUCGCCUCGAGUCAAAACAAAACAAAACAAAAACAAGUCGAAAAGACGCCGAACGAGCGAAUAUCUGGACCGUCGCGACGACGGGGAUCUCCGCCGAGCUCGCCGCUCGCCAAAAGCGGAAACUUGGAGGGAGUUACGCGCUCGUCUCGCGGACUUUUUCACGGAUUGUAAAACUCUGGAGUAGCAGGGAGCUUAAGCAGCUAACGUUACGGAGGCGGUCGUGCGGUUUUCAAAGUGCGGCGAGUGGGAGCCGACAGACCCGCGAGGCGACGCGGCUUCACAGCGACCGACCGGCCGGCGGAUCCGCUCCGUAGCUCGGUCAGCGACACGUCGGCGCGGGGCUCGGCCGUGCUGCGGGCCGACGGGGCCGAGGGAGAGGAGGGUUGUUGUUUUUUUUCUUUUACAACCGCUCCGCCGAGCAUCGUGUGCCGCGGCAGGAGUGUGGAGAAACAUGGCAGAUGGCGACACGCGCCUGUCCGCAAUGUGGCGGAGCGUGCGGACCUGAAGCACGGACUCUUGUCCCUGCGCGGCUCUCUCGUCGACACUGUGCAACCGACCCGCAGUGCGUUUAACUCCGAUUCCCUCGCCCGACUUUUCUGUGCUUGCUGUGAAAACAGGCCACACUAUUUUUUUUGUCUUCUUCUUCUUUUUUUUCUUCUUUUUUUUUUUUUUUUUUUUACACUUUUACACAGUCGAUGAACAAAACCGCUGCUCGGACAUUCUGCCGUUUCUACCCUUCCAUCCGCCGGACUGCAGUGUGACUGGUCCGGGUCAUUGGGGGAUUUUCUUCUGUUCUUUUUCCCACUAAAGGUAUUUUAUCUUGUGGCGAGCUCAGACCUCACGUUGUUUACAAGUGGAGGCGGACAGAGGCUCCUCGGAAGCUGCUUUGUAACAGUAGCCAGAUAAUCCCUGUUUGUAGCCUUUAUGGUAUCACAGUAGAAGAAGACAAAAAGUUCAAUCAGAACAUUUUUUAUUGGAUUUCAUCUGGUACGAAGUUUAUCUUAAUGUUAUCUGUCUUAUCUAAAAUCGUUGUCUGGUUACACUUUAGGUGGAAUCAGAAAAGUUUAGCUUUUAUCUAAAUUGUGUUGUUGCUUUUUAAGGGGAACGACAUUAUUUUAUAUCCAUUCAUGAUUUUGUAAUUCAUUCUUCGGGCGAGCCAAGAUCCCCGUGUACAUCCACAUGUUUUGCUGCUCACUGCCACUCAGCCACUUUUGUUUUUAUUCCAUUCAAACAAAGAGACUCGCGUCCCAGCCCUCCUUCGUUCUAUAUAAAUCAGAAGGUUUAUGAUAGUUACUAUUAAGGAGAUUAUUUGGGUUCCCUAAUCUCCAAUCUGAGGAUUAACCGAGGCUAUUGGUGUGUCCAGAUUAUUACGUCUCUCUUCGCGGCCCCUCGGUGGGUGAAGCAUCUUGUUUUUGUGUUGGCAAGUUGUUUUUUUGUUUUUGUUUUGACGCGUCAUCUCCUCCCAGUUCAGUUUAAACUUUAAAGGUAAAUGUUUUGAGUGGUCCCCAUUUUUGUGGUCGAGUGUAACUUCCGCGGAGCCGCCAUGGAUGAGUCGUCGGUGCCCCCGAUUGACCCAGAUUUCGAGCCGCAGAGCAGACCCCGCUCCUGCACGUGGCCGCUGCCCAGACCCGACCUCUCGGUUGUCAAGCCGGAGGGGGCCGAUGGCACCGAGUCCGCCGCCGGCACCCCGCCCGCCGACGAGGACAAGCCCGAGCCGCAGCCAAUCACGUCCGAGCCCGAGAAGGCUGCGGCGGCGGCCGAGGGCGGGGCCGUGGCCGGAGUGGGCGGAGCCGGCGCGACGCCCCGCAAAGGCUCGUCGCGGCGCAACGCGUGGGGGAACCAGAGCUACGCGGACCUGAUCAGCCAGGCCAUCGAGAACUCCCCCGAGAAGAGGCUGACCCUGGCGCAGAUCUACGAGUGGAUGGUGAAGACGGUGCCUUACUUCAGAGACAAAGGAGACAGCAACAGCUCAGCCGGCUGGAAGAAUUCUAUCCGCCACAACUUAUCACUCCACAACAAGUUCUUGAGGGUACACAAUGAAUCGACGGGAAAGAGCUCCUGGUGGAUGCUCAACCCAGAGGGAGGGAAGACCGGGAAAGCUCCUCGACGCCGGGCCGCCUCCAUGGACAACAGCAGCAAACUAUUGAAGAGUCGGAUGAGGGCCAAGCAGACCAAGAAGCAGGCGGGAGCAGCGGGUGCUGGAGGUGCGCUGCAGGGUGACGGCAACACGGGGUCAGCAGGCGCAGACAGCCCCAACUCAUCCCAGCAGUUUCCCAAGUGGGGGGUCAACAGCAGUAGCCCUUCCUCCCGCGGCAGCCUGGACGACUCUGACAUGUGGACCACAUUCCGCCCACGCACAAGCUCUAAUGCCAGCACCCUGAGUGGACGUCUGUCCCCCAUCGCUCCUGGACAAGAGGACGAUGAUAACCUGCCUGAAGACGGACUGCUGGGUAGAUACGCCGCCAGGAGCUUGACCCCCACCCUCACUGAGACCCUCAUGGAGGAGCUGGAUCUGAUCGACGGCCUCACAUUGAUGACUGGGCAGCAGGGAGGGGCCAGUCCCAGCACAGCCCCACCGGCACCUCCCACUCCGCUGCCCUCUGCCUCCACCCUGCUGCCCCGAGGCUCCAGCUUCUCCUCCUUCCAUCAGCGGCAACCAUCCAGCCUCUCGCAGGCCCCCACCCACACCGGGGCCCCGGCCUCAAUCUCUCAGUGCGGACCCAGCAGCAAAGAGCAGUCAACCUUCAGCAACUCCCUCUUCAACCCCAUGCCCAGCUCCGGGUCUCGUGGAAGCGGCCACUACAACAACCACGUGCCCUCCAGUCUGGAAGCACUGCUCACCUCCGACUCCCCUCCUCCGAAUGAUGUCAUGAUGACCCAGGUGGAUCCCCUCAUGCCCAGUCCUGGAGGAGUGGGCCUGAUGGGGUUGGGUACAUCCAUGGUGGGUGUGAGGUCCAAACCCAAUCAGCUGUUGUUGGGUAAAGGGCUGGAGCCGAACACGGUGGCCCCCAUGGCGCUGCAGGCUCAGCUGCAGCCUCACCAGCAUCACCUUCACCACCAGCAGCAGCAGCAGCAGCAGCAGCAGCAACAGCCACAACAACAACAACAACAACAACAACACCAGCAUCACUCUCAGAUGGGGUUGGGGAUGAUCCUUUCAGGUAUGUCUCAAGACCCGUCACAGCUCUCAGCCCUCAAAGCCCAGCACACCACGUUGCCAGCAGUGGGCUCUCUCCAUGGGGGGUCCAGCAUGGGUCUGCAGGGGAUGGGUCACUUUGGAGCUCCGUCGUUCUUCCCCACCGGUCAGGACCGACUGCCCACAGACUUGGACAUGGACAUGUUCACGGAAAACCUGGACUGUGACGUGGACUACAUCAUCAACAGUGACCUCAUGGACGGAGACAGCCUUGAUUUCAACUUUGACCCCAUACUGCCUGGAGGCCAAGGCUACGCCGGCCCGACCACCACACAGGGCUCCGCUCACACCUGGGUCCCCAGCUAAUUCCUCCACUGACCGCAGCAAUCCAGGAACCGAUCUCCAAUGAAGAUGACCUCACAAUAUGACAAUAGAACCGGUGCACUCCUCCUCCCUGAUGGCUGAUCCACAAACGCAACCUGGAGUUUAAAGACAAUACCAGACCUCAGUCAUGUCAUGUGCCAACACAUGCAGAGGACAGGGAGGAGAUGCAGGCUACUAUGCACAACAUUUCUCCUUUUUAAUAAAAAAAGUAACACUUUCAACAAUUUUUAUCUUUAAAUCCAAACGGAUAAUUUUUUAAGACGUGAAAUUAUGUUUUUAGAGUGAAAAGACAAAUCAUGACCUCCCGUCUGCUGUGGAGUUUACAUUACAGUUACGUUUCACCACGAUAGCUUUAGGGUCGAUACGGUACCCCCGAUCUUGAUGGCUUUGGUUUUCAAGACUCGACGGACUGUGAUUUUGGAGAAGUGGCCAGUUUUCCAUGGACUCUUGCCCAGCAUGAAUUGCCAGAAGACCAAAUGCUGUUUGAUCGUCUGAGCGAGGUGCACUUAACUCCGCCGCACCUCCAGAGGAGAGUUCUCGUCCUCAGUAAAAACCCUGAGGAUUGUGACUGUCGUGUGAAGAGGUGAAAGACUGGAGAUACAAAAUGUUUGCUAGAAACAUUGGCUAUACAUUUUUGCCCAAUUGUGUACUUGGACUAUGAUCAUAUGUACGAUUCAUUUUCUCACUUUAGAGAAAGAAAAACAAGUUGAAAGAUAAAAAAUGUUCAGCUAUAUUUGGUGUAGGGCUGGGCGAUAUGGCCAAACAUGUUAUCACGAUAAAAAACGAUUCAUAUCAAUUGAUAUCGGUAGUUAUCACGAUAAAUGUCAACGACUAUUUCUUCUAAGUUGAAAGACUGAUUGUUGCUCGUGAGUGAAAGUCAAAGAAACCAGAGCUAACUUUUCUUCAAUGUCAGAAAAAGACAGAAGAAUAUUUCACAAAUCUGAGGUGGAACAUUCAAGACGAUUGUACGUGUCGAACCUCUCACCAUGCACAAGCAUUAUAUUGAUUUAUAUUGAUUUUUCGUUAUAUUGCUGUUGAAGAACAUUGUAUCGCGAUAAUCAGUUCUUGUUUUAUCGCCUAGCCCUAAUUUGGUGAUUCAGUUAAGAGGGUAUGUAUUUGCAGUUUGGCAUUUUUCAAUCCAGUGCGGUGAGGAAGGUGUGAGUUAGAGCGUGAUUUUUGUUUGUUUUUUUAAUCCCUGAUGUGCAGUUAAACUAACAAAAUGAAGAAAUGUGAUUUGUGACAUACACAGGGCAUUCAAGGGUAAAUUUAUUUGCCAACAAGUGAUUGGUUGGCCAAGUAUUACAUUGUCUUAAACAGCAAUAUGCCUCCACUGUCAAAUAGUCUACCUGAUUUUUUUUUCUUCUUCCCUCAUUUUUUUAAUUUGUUUUUUUUCUUGAGCCUGUGCAUUUUCAAAGCACUUAGGUUUCCUGCGACACAGGGACCCCGAACUAAGAGAAUACAUCCACAUCAGGGUUGUACCAUUUCAUUAUAAAAGAGUUUAAAUCCUGUUAAAAAAAAAAAAAAAAGAUUUAAAAAACAUCUCAUGUACACAUUGCACAUUUACAUGGUGGCACGCUAUGCAGAUUUAUCAGGAGAACAAAAUGAAAGCUUGAAGGAAAUUUGAAAAAAAAUCGCUUCUUGAAGGGUUUUUGCUAUUUAACAUUUUCCUGAUAUUUUGUCUGGAGGGCGACGGAGGUGUGGGCCAGAAUAUCCUCUCACACUUUAAUUAUUUAGUACUAUUUACUGUGUGAGAAGUACAAAAAAAGAAUAUAUUUGAUUAUAGUUUUAAUAUACAAUUUAGAUGGAGGUAAUAAAUGAGAUAUUAAUGCAUAUAAAUAUAUUACUAAUGACCAGUGAUGGGGUUUUUUUACAUUGGAGGAAGCAUUUUCAGAAAAUUUUUAACGGUAAUUUUCUAUACUUUUAUUUUUGUAAAGAUGAGAUGCAUGUAGAUUUUUUUACAUAACCAAAGGAACACUAAUAUUUGCAUUCGCAUGGCAUUUAGGGAGCUUGGGCCUGACACAGUAUCUCAGUGUACAUAUACGCUUAGAAAGAGACGCCUGUAACAUGAAAUCUGACUUUGACAGCAAAGUGCAUCAACACUUGACCAUUUAAACUAAAAGAUUCCCAGUGAUCUGCCUCAUCGUUUUUUGCAUUAAUUGUGAAUCCAAUUUAAAACAGAAAAAAAAAAGAUCUGUGCUGAAGCGUGGCGCGACGAAAAGAAAAGCCUGUGCCGUGUGAUACUUUCUCAUCUCAAAACGAGACAAAUGCAACCAUUACCUCUCAGGGUCACUCGGAAGAAACACAACAGGAGAACAAGUCUGCACAGAGGGAAUCAGAAAACAUGACAAUAGCCAAAACAAAAACGAAAAAAAAAAGUAAUUUUCUCUGUUACAACAGACUGGAAAUGAUACGCCACAUCUUUGUUUUGUUUUCCUGGAGACAAGAGUUGAUCUCAAAUUGGACUUCCCUUUCUAGAGCGACUGCUUCUCCCUCUCCAGUCGUGUCCAUCAGAACCAGCCUGCCCCUUGUUUCUGUGGGUUGUUGUUUUUUUUGUUGUUGUUUUUUUGACUGCCAAUAUUUAAAACACUAUAGCAUGAUGUUACUCUGGAGCAGUAUGGACUUUUUUUUGUCAUCUUCCCCCAUAAGAAUUUUGUGUUUUGUGUUUGUAUGUAAUUACAUUUUUUGAAAUAACAUCCCAACAGUUACACUCUUAAUAUUCAUCAUUUCACUGUAGCAAUGUGAAUAUGUUAGCCUCUGAUUUGUACAAAGCACUCUCUCUGUUUCUCUCCCUCCCCCCCUCCAAAUGUUUUUUUUGUUAAUGGUGCUAGAUGUCCUUGUGACAUAUCCUGGAGUACGCCAUGAUGCUGUGGGUGCAAAUCAGGGCCUUUGAAUCUUUUGAAUUUUUUUUGUAUUCCGCACAAGGAUCUUGAGUCCUUUCAGAUUUGUUUAUAUAUAUAACCCCCCCCAAUCUGGUCACUUAGAGAAAGAUCUGAAAACAAAGGACCAGCUUGUUAAAAAAAGCAUGAUUUUUAAAAUUAUUUUAAAACAUAGCAUGUUAUUAUUUUAGGAUGUUGUAUGUGCAACAAACCCCCGUGUUUCUCUUCACUAAUGUUCAGGUGUUGGAAUGUUAUUAACAGUUAAUAGGACAGACUGGUCGGUUUGUGAGGAUCAGCUGCACCAGGCCUCGAUGUCUCUAGUUUACUGUUGCCGCCUUAAAAAAAGGGCAUAUGUGGUAUUAUUACUUGCCGUGUACCCCCCCCCCCCCCCCCCUUAUGUAAUUUCAACUAUCUACAUAUUUUUCUCUUCAGUUUUCUUAAAAUAGCAGUUAGACCCUUUAUGUUUUCUUUGAAAUUUAAAAUUGCCCCAUUUUAAUACAGUAUUUUAGUAUUUGGCGAGGGUUGUUUUGUUUAUUUUUCUUCCAUAGGGGAGCAGGGUGGGGCGGGCAGGGAAUGAUAAGUUGUGCAUACGCCAAUUAUGUCUAUGAUUUUUGAUUAAAUGUCAAUAGAUUUUCUUUUUCUUCUUCCCCCUCUUCAGUCUUCUUCUCUCUUUACACAUUGUAAAGUCAGCCAGAGAUGACGAACAGUUCUGAACAUCAGAAAUAAAUUCAAUAAACUGUUUAACCCAC